GCCAUUCCCUCGAUUUUCUCUGUUACAACUUGCAAGUAAUUGAAAAGAAAACCCAAAAGAUGACUAAAGACUAAACCUUUAACAAAUCCCACCCACGUUCUUGUUCUCGAGAGACGGUCUACGAAAAAUUUAUCGCCAUCAGUUCUUGUUCCGACCUCAAGAGAAACAAGAAACUCGAAUCUGCGGAGGAAGGUAUAUGCCACCAAUUCACUUUCCUCCCGUUCCAAUUCAUGCCCCCAAUUCCAACAGAUCUUUCUUUGAUGUUCCAGGCAAAACCGAAGCCCAGUUGACUUACUAUACCCAUCUUCCAGAUCGCCGGUAAAGGCCUCAAACUCGAGUACUUCCCCCUUUCGCCUAUCGCCCUUUCCUCUAGGGCGGGCGGAUGGGUGAAGAGGAGGCAAUCUCGAGUGAUGUUGAAAGCGAAACCAGCACUAAUUCUUCAAGACCAAAACUGACGGUAUUGCCUCUAAUUGCUCUAAUUUUCUACGAGGUCUCUGGUGGUCCAUUUGGUGUUGAAGAUUCAGUCAAAGCUGGAGGAGGUCCAUUACUGUCUCUCCUCGGAUUCUUGAUCUUCCCUCUCAUUUGGAGCGUCCCUGAAGCUCUAAUCACGGCAGAGCUAGCAACAAGCUUCCCCGAGAAUGGAGGGUACGUCAUUUGGAUUGCUUCUGCUUUUGGUCCCUUCUGGGGUUUCCAAGAAGGAUUUUGGAAAUGGUUUAGUGGGGUUAUGGACAAUGCACUUUACCCUGUCUUGUUCCUCGAUUACUUGAAGCAUUCUUUUCCAAUUUUCAACCACUUGGCAGCCCGAAUUCCAGCCCUUUUAGGGAUCACAGGCUCCUUGACAUACUUGAACUACAGAGGACUCCACAUUGUUGGGUUCUCUGCAGUUUCGCUUGCUGCUUUCUCCUUGUUCCCCUUUGUCGUGAUGGGGAUUCUCUCCAUCCCUCGAAUUCAACCCAAGCAGUGGCUUGUGGUUGAUUUUGGUAAAGUGGACUGGAGGGGUUACUUCAACAGCAUGUUUUGGAAUCUAAAUUACUGGGACAAGGCGAGCACACUUGCUGGGGAGGUUGAGAACCCGAGUAAGACGUUCCCAAAGGCGUUGUUUGGAGCUGUGGUUUUGGUGAUGUGUUCGUACUUGAUCCCACUUCUGGCUGGGACUGGGGCUUUAACGACUCCCUGGAGCCAGUGGAGUGACGGCUACUUUGCUGAAGUUGGAUUCUUGAUUGGUGGAGCUUGGCUCAGAUGGUGGAUCCAAGCUGCUGCUGCUAUGUCCAACAUGGGGCUGUUUGAAGCUGAAAUGAGUGCUGAUGCUUUCCAACUUCUUGGGAUGAGUGAGAUUGGGAUGCUUCCAUCAGUUUUUUCUUCAAGGUCAAAGCACGGGACACCAACAAUCAGCAUCCUGUUGUCUGCUACUGGGGUGAUCUUCUUGUCAUGGAUGAGCUUUCAGGAGAUACUGGAGUUCCUCAACUUCUUGUAUGCAGUGGGAAUGCUACUGGAAUUUGCAGCAUUCAUCAAUCUGAGAAUCAAGAAGCCUGAUCUCCACAGACCGUAUAGGGUUCCACUGGGGACAUUUGGUGCAAUAAUGCUAUGCCUCCCACCUGCUGUGUUGCUUGUUCUGGUCAUGUGCUUGGCUACGUUAAGGACAUUCUUGAUAAGUGGAGCUGUUAUUGCUGUGGGUUUCAUCCUUUAUCCGACUUUGCUUCAUGCCAAAAACCGGAAAUGGGUUGAAUUCCAUGCUCAAGAACCAGCAGCCGCGGUAGCUCCUGAUGCUGUGGCCGAGCAGCAGCAGCGUCGAGAGAUUGUGGAGGAGGCUGCAGUUGGUCUGCUUGCUGAUUUGUCGUGUGUUAAGACAGAUUGAUCUGCCAUGACCCUGUGGAGCUUCUGUAGAGUUUGUAUAUUUCCGUAAUAUAUAUAUAUAUAUAUAUAUAUUUUUAAUAUAAGUCUGAUUACAAUUUGAGCGGACGGGCUCGGCUCCACUUCUAGUAGACGUUCACGAGUUUUCAUAAUUACUAGAGAGUUUACCCGCGCUACGCAGCGGCUUUUAAUGGGUUUAUGGCUUUGAUUUUUUAUUUGCAAGGCCAUAUGCAUUCUAUUUCAUCAAUAUCGUUAACUUUUAGGAAAAACUUAUCCCUAGAUAAAUAGGUUUUUCUAUA